AUGGGCAUUAGUGAUUUAAUCUUAUUAUAGGUACCGCCUGUGGUAAAUUACACAGAUGUUCAAGCUUAGCCAUCAUCGAUGCAGGUGACUCAGACAUCCUUACCCAAUAAUGAUAGAAUGUUAUUUUAGUACAAUAUUUUAAUAAACAUAAAUUAUAUAUAUAUAUAUUGCUCUAAUAAAUAUUGA